UGGUUGUUUCCAAUCUAUGGUGUAUUGAAUCGUGGGCUUUUUUGCUCUUGCUAAGAGAGGUUAAAUAUUAUGUAUCGAUACAUGUAUAACGAAAUUGUUUAUAAGAGUUAUAGGUGAUUUUAGCUAUCCAGUUACAUUCAAGGAGGACGUAUGUGACAUUGUUUGCAAUAUCUUAAAUCUUGAUCGUAUAAAAUUUUACGAUUAAAUUUUCGAACAUGAGAAUCGCCGUAGAAGGCUGUGCUCAUGGUGAAUUGGACAUUAUUUACGAAACUAUACAGGAAAUCGAAAAAAUCGAUGGGAGGAAGAUAGAUCUGCUUAUAUGCUGUGGCGAUUUUCAAGCUACUAGAAAUUUAAGUGAUCUAAAAUGCAUGGCGGUGUCGGACAAGUACAAAGAUAUGCGUACAUUUUACAAAUAUUAUUCCGGUGAAAAGGAAGCUCCAGUGUUAACCAUUUUCAUUGGAGGCAAUCACGAGGCGUCAAAUUAUUUGCAGGAACUGCCAUACGGAGGAUGGGUUGCACCUAACAUCUAUUAUCUUGGAUAUGCAGGUGUGGUGCAGGUGGCUGGAAUUAGAAUUGCUGGGCUUUCAGGCAUAUAUAAGAGUCAACAUUGGAUGCAGGGACGUUAUGAGAAGCCUCCCUAUACUGACAGUACUAUACGAAGUGUCUAUCAUAUCAGGAAUCUAGAAGUGUUUAGAUUAAAGCAGCUUUCCGGUAAAAUUGAUAUUUUUUUAUCACACGACUGGCCGGCAGGGGUAACGAAGUAUGGAGAUGAAGAUACAUUGCUGAGACGAAAACCAUUUUUUAAGGAUGAUAUAAACAGCAAUAUGCUUGGCAGUCCUCCAUGUAUGGAACUUCUAGAACGUUUUUAUCCGUCCUACUGGUUCUCUGCGCACUUGCAUUGCAAGUUUGCCGCGCUGAUCCCUGAGAAGGGAGGACCACGAGUUACGAAGUUUUUAGCGUUAGAUAAAUGCUUACCAAAACGGAAAUUUCUUCAAGUGCUGGAGGUGCGUGCACCGGAAGAUGGUCCAGUGCAAUUGAGCUAUGAUCUAGAAUGGUUAACGAUACUCUAUUUGACAAACCAUUUGUUGAGUGUCAAGAGCAGCAUUCAUUACAUGCCCGGUCAAUACGGCAGCGGCAGAUGGUUGUACACACCCACAGCGAAGGAGAAACAGACCGUGUAUGAGAAAUUUGGGUCGAAUUUGCGUAUUCCUCUUAACUUUACCCGAACCAUCAAACCGUAUGAUCCAGACGAUAUGAAUAGUCAUAUCGAGCGGCCGCGACUAUUGAUAAACAAUCAGACUACCCAAUUCUGUCAAACGUUAGGUAUUGAUGAUCCUUCCACCCUGCUACAGUUUAUUGCAAACAUUUCAAAGGAUAACAGUAAAUCGAGCGAUAUUUCGAUGGAGACAUCUGGCGAGUACACAUCAGAAUCCAUGGAGAUCUCUUUCGAUGAGGAAAAUGUGUUCAGCUCUACUUUCGAGAGCAGUUCGACACAGCAUAUCGAUAGCUCGCCGACGAAUCUGUCCCCUAAAAGCGAUGGCAAUGAUUCGGAUCACGGGGACACGAGUAAAAGCACCUUAGAUGGGACUGUUAAUAGUUCGACCACAUUUACAGAUUCUACUUCAAUAGAUGACAGUAACGAACAAAAUGGUUGUAUCCAAACCGAGCCGAAUUGCAAAAAAUUCAAGCGUCGGAAUUACUCUAUAUAUUCUAGUACAUUUCAGCGAAUUGUUACGACGAGUAAAAUAUGGUGGCAGGUAGCUGUGCUCCGAACGACGUGCCAAUUCUCCAUCAUCUCAAUCUCGACCGAUUAUCCUGAGCGCGAAAAAAUGGACAAGUUAACUAUCAUCUCGGGAAUAUUGUUCCUCCUCGCGGAUAUCUCCGCCAUAAUCAGCAUCGCCAUGCCGGACUGGAUAAUUACUGACGUUGGCGGCGACACAAGAUUGGGUCUCAUGUGGUCAUGUAUGACCUUGUACAACAGACCACAGGUCUGUUUUAAAUCGGAGCUAGAAUCAGAAUGGAUGAUGGCAUUAGUUUGCAUAUUUAUUGGUUGCAUUCUGAUUACGGCGACUAUAAUAUUAUUGGUAAUUUCACACUGGGACCGUACUGUCAUUCCUUUUGCACGCUGGGUAGGAUUCGGCGCCAUGGUGCUAUUUUGUCACGCAGCAGUCAUAUUUCCAAUGGGAUUCCAUAUUGACGAGAUUGGCGGACAACCGUAUCAGUUGCCCAACUCGCAUCAAGUUGGGAUUGCCUACAUCUUAUUUGUCCUGGCUUUAUGGAUCACAGUAAUUUCUGAACUCUUUGCAGGCAAAGUUUGUCUACCACAUUUUUAGCAUUGUUCCGUAACAGAAUUAUUUGUUAAUUUCCUUCUACUGACGUUCACCCUGGGACCGUUGAUAUUAUUUAUUAUCCUUUAUAUUCCUUUAUAUAAUGAUAUCUAAAGUCAUUUUUAUUUUACAAUAAUUUUAUAAAUCUUUAAAUAGAGGUUGUACUAAAUUCUACGUAUAUUAAAUAGAUUAAGAUACAUAUUAAAUAGAUUAAGAUAUCAUACAAUAAGAAUCAAUUAUAUAGACAUUAGUAUUUAAUAAAUUUUCUAUAAAUAAUAAUUAUACAUAGAUAAAAAAUCUAUUAAUUAUUAUAUUACGACAUAGAUACUGAUCUUUACUUAUAGGGCUCGACACGCGAUGCGUUUUUUGGUAGUGUUAGGGGCAGUUAAAAAUUGACCAAAAAAUACAUAUAACGAGUUCUUAUAGCGAAUUUGAUUAAACUGCAUUUAAUCAAAUUCGCUGUUGAUUAAAAAGAAUACGAGCAAUAUAUUGAAAUUCGACAUUCUAGAUAAAAUUUUUUUAUAAUGAUGUAUACUAAAUAUGUUGAUAAAAUUAUAAGAGCAAAAGAUGUUAGAUUUUAAUUAAUA